AUGGGCCCUAUGGGUGUACACAGCACCUUCAUUUCCAACCCCUGUAUACAUAGUGUAUUACACGUUGUAUACACCAUACACUGGAUGGUGGACUCCAUCACUAGGUUUGGGGGUCACCUGUGGGUCUGCAUAAACUCUACUCUACGGCUGCCACAUCUACACCUUUGCCCAUAUCUCGACAGUUCUGUAGACGUCUCGCCGCCUCGAUCAGAAGUUCAGUCUCGCCAUUGGAAAAGUCAUGCGAUACCACCGCCAAGAGAGCCGCACAGCCAUAUCGACCACAUAAUUCUCUCUCAUCAUGACCAUGCGUCAUACUGGGCUGAUUGUAUGUUCCAGAUAUGUGCAGGCUCGAAGCUCGCUGAUAGGCCCAGACGAUCAAUGAGGCGAGAUAGACGGACAUCGGCCUAUUUGGUUAAUUACGCUCUGCGGUACAGCAACGGAGCAGACUUCCCAAGGCCGGAGGUAGCACUGCUUAGGGUAUCCGAGAGCGGUUACAAUCCAUGUACUUGCAGUAACCCGGGUUCGAAUCUCGGAGGGGUGUUGUGUUGCUAA